AUGAGUAAAGCGCUCUGUCUAGAGCUCGUUAAUCUUAAUCCAAAUGAAAAUCAAGUUGAUAUUGAUCAUUUUCAAGAUACAAGCGUAUUUAAAGUAAAUACCAAGUUUCCUCAAGAACUCUAUGAAAAUAAAAUACAAGCCAACACGACAUCCGAAAAAUCACUCGAAUCUUCUGAUUUUGAGAAACGCAAGCGAUAA